ACACUUAGCCUUAAACUGAGUUCCCCUCCAGCCCACAGCCGGGAGCAGCUCUCAAUCCCGGGUGAGGCACCGAACACUUGAGCUAUUUCAGCCACAUGCAAAGCAUCAGAAUCGAGAUCGCAGCUCAGAGGACACCGGGCAUCCCUUUCACCUUCUAAGGAACCUUGUAUUCUUGUACCAGGCUGCCUGGGACUUUUCUUGGGCAGUAAACAAAUACACAAAGCAGGGGUAAGACUGCGUGAAUAUGUCGAAACAGCCAGUUUCCAAUGUCAGAGCCAUCCAGGCAAAUAUCAAUAUCCCAAUGGGAGCCUUUCGGCCAGGAGCUGGGCAACCCCCCAGAAGAAAAGAAUGUACCCCAGAAACAGAGGAGGGUGCUCCUCCCACCUCAGAUGAGGAGAAGAAGACAAUUCCAGGAGCGAAGAAACUUCCAGGACCUGCAGUCAACCUGUCGGAGAUCCAGAAUAUUAAAAGUGAACUGAAAUAUGUCCCCAAAGCUGAACAGUAGUUGGAAGGAAAAAGGCUUGAUGUGAAGAAUUGAAGAGGAAGACAAUGGAUUAAAAAGAAAAUAGCUCACUAAAAAUUUUAUAUAUUUGUAUGAAGAUUAUGAACCUCCUGAAUGCCCCAGACUCUAGCAGAAAUGUCCUGUUUGUACAUUUAUAUCUCUUCCUUCUAGUGGCUGCCCUUCUUACUUUAAUUUAUCUUCAUGUUUGGCACCUUGUAGAACAGAUAGUUCAAGAAUUCAUGUCUUGGAAGGUUUAGUUUUGAGAAGGGAUAUGAUUUUAUGAAGAGGGAUAUGGCAAUAUGCAUAAAAGUGAUUUUGGAAGCUCUCUAAGCUACUUCCCGCACUAUUUUGGUCAUUAUUUGGAAUGCAUUUUAGCUCUUCACCUUCUAAAUUAUGUCAAUAAACUUUUUAUGAGUUCAAAUAAAUAUGCAAGUAAAUGUAAAAUAU